GGGGCUUGGCUAUACCCAAGUAGAAGAGAUAUAUAAACUGCACCCAUUUCGCUGGGCCUUCUCUAUUUGCAUUCUUCUAUGAUAGAACGUGCUUCUGGGGAGUCGGACUGGGUUCAAUGCUGGAAAUGAAGGAGGCAAAAUUGCUCCUUCUAUAACUCCUGUACACGAGAUUACCGUGGAGUUAAUCUUGAAGUUCUUGGAUUCAGUAAUGCUGUCGGUGCCACUAUCCACUGCCAAUGUUAGCGAAGAGAAAUCCAUGGAGUCAGGUAGGGCCAUGAUGGAGCGUCAAACUGCUCGCAGGGCCCCAACCAAUAUGACACAGAUGCCUGAAUCUCUAUUUGCCAGUGUCAUCCUUGCUAAAGACCUCACUGCAAGGUGCAGAGGCAGAUCACUGCAACUCACAGAUGAUGCGAUACAAAGCAUAACACAAGACCUGGAGAAUGUCAUUCAGAACAUAUGUGAUCAUCUUGGCAGGAUACCAGCAUCAGCAUUUGGCAGCAAUGCUUGUACAGAUGGGGCAAUUAGAUCACACUCAAUGAUGAGCUACUUCGGGGUUGAUAUGCCCCUGAAUGCAGCCACCGAUGGGCCCAACAGGAGGUCUGUCUACGACAGUGACAUGCCGAGGCUUGUGGACUUUCUGCGGGGAAUGCACCAUGAAUCACAUGAAUUUGGUGGGCAGACGUUCAACUCUCUCCCAGAGGUCACGGAAUUUGUUGAGCCAUUGUAUGAUGCAUUCUUCUGUCCGCUGACAAAAGAGGUGAUGACUGAACCUGUGACAACAGAGGGUGGCGUGACAUAUGAUAGGAGAGCCAUAGAGGAACACUUUGAGAGGUUCACAGGCAGUUCUGAACCUGUCAGUUGCCCUGUCACAAAAAUGCCAUUGCAAAGUAAGGCAGUGAUGAGCAAUGCUUCCCUGAAGAGCGUGAUUGCAGAAUGGACAAUGAGGAAUGAAGCAAUGCGGAUCAGGAUAGCACGCACUGCGCUCGCACUGUCGACUACAGAUUCUAUGGUGCUUGAGGCUAUACUUGAGCUGAAGUCUCUGGCCAAGCUGAGAGGGAAGAACAGGAUGCAGAUACAUAAGAUUGGGGUCACCAAGUUCCUAGCAAAGCUGUUGGACAACCACAAUACACAGAUUCGGUGUGACGCACUGGAGCUUCUGUGCUUACUAGUCGAGGAUGAUGAAGGGAAGGAUAUCAUUGGAAAAACCAAGGCCAUUGCCAGGACAAUAAAGCUACUGUCAAGUAAUACUACUGAUGAAAGGCAUGCAGCCAUCUCUUUCUUGCUAGAGCUUUCGAAGUCGGAGUUAUUGUUGGAGAAUAUUGGGUCAACUGCUGGAAGUAUUCUGAUUCUCACCACAAUGAAGAUUAAUGAUUCUGAUGAUCCAAUUGCUGCUGAGAAAUCCAGAGCAGUCCUCAAGAACCUGGAGAAGUGUUCGAAGAACAUCAAGUACAUGGCUGAAAGUGGCUACCUAGACCCUCUUCUGAGUCAUCUAGUUGAAGGUCCAGAAGAGGUGCAGAUGGAGAUGGUCAGCUGCCUAAGUGAGCUGGUGCUAGAGCAGGAGCUCACCAUUGACAUCACUGGGAACACUUCAGGGGUCCUCAUCAAGAUGGUGUGUGGCUGCAACACUGCAGUCCGCAAGGCUGCGCUUGAAGUCCUUGUCCAGCUUUCCUCCCAUCACCCCAACAACAAGGUGCUUGUUGAGGCAGGUGCUGUCCCAGUCAUGGUUGAGGAGCUCUUCAUACGAAAGGCAGACGACGAGCCUUUGUGCUACAAGGCCAGUGCUGCCACAGUCCUUGCCAACAUCGUUGAGUCUGGCAUUGAUCCAGACACCACCGUGGUAAACAAGGAAGGCCAUGUCCUCACGUCCAAGUACUGCAUCUACAACUUCGUGCAUAUGGUCAAGUGCUUCAUGCCUGACAACCUCAACCUCAGCAUCAUCCGCCUACUGCUUGCGCUCACAGCACUCGCCAAGCCCCUGGACGUCGUGGUCUCUGUUGUCAGGGAGAACCACCGAGGCCAUGCCAUUGUUGAGCUCAUGAACUCCCGAAUGGAGGAGCUUAGCAUUGCUGCGACGAGGCUGCUCAUCACCCUGUCCGCACACAUUGGCCACACCGUCGCCGAGAGGCUCUGCAAGACGCAGGGGCAGCCAGGCAGGCUAGUCAAAAGCAUCAGCCAUACUGGGCACGUCACUGAGCGGCGUGCUGCAUCAGUGAUGCUCCUCUCGAGGCUACCACACCGAAUCAUCUCGCUCAACCUUGGGCUCGUGCAGGAGGGUGCCGUGCCAGCCAUACUGAGCGGGAUAGAAGAGGUGCAAAACGGCACAACAAGAACGAGCAGGCACGCGGUGCCAUACAUGGAUGGUCUUGUGGGAGCACUGGUGCGUCUCACCACGACGCUGUACAACCCGACCGUGCUUAAGGCAGUCCUGGACCACAGCUUGGCCUCGGUGCUCACCAAACUCCUCACCGGAGCUUCUGGAAGCAGUGAGGUACAACGGCUUGCCGCUGUGGGGCUCGAAAACCUCAGUUAUCAGUCCAUCAAACUGUCCCAGCUGCUGCCCGAGGAGGAUCCACGCCCAAAGAGGAAGACCAUACUCAAACGCCUAAUGGACACAAAAGUGCAUGUCAACAAGAACCCACAACGCCAAGUCUGCCCGGUACAUCGGGGAGUUUGUUCUGCAGCGACAACCUUCUGUCUCCUUGAGGCCGGUGCCAUCCAGGGCCUCCUUGGCUGCAUCGAGAGCGACAACACCCGCGUCGUAGAGGCCGCGCUGGGAGCACUGUGCACGCUCCUUGAUGACCGGGUGGACGUCAAGAUGAGCGUGGCCAUGCUGGCUGAGUUGGACACUGUGACGCGCGUGCUCGGGGCGCUGAGGCGGCACAAGGAGAAGAAUACUCUGUGGCAGAAGUGUUUCUGCAUAGUGGAGAAGUUCCUAAUUCAUGGCGACGACAGGUGCUUGAGGGAGGUGACUGGGGACAGGAUGCUGCCGACGGCAUUGGUGAGCGCCUUCCACAAGGGCGAUGCGAGCGCCAAGCAGGCCGCGGAGGGCAUCCUCAGGCGGCUGCACAAGAUGCCCGACUACUCAGCGACCUAUGUGUCCGUGGAGUUUUAGAGCUUGCCGUGAUCUACUGGUGAUUAGGGAUCAGGCACUUGAUGCUGUGCAUAUGUUACAAUGUUUCAAACAGGAGCAAUUGGGAGUGUUUAUUUGUUCGUUUCAUUUCCAGCAUUGUAAUUUGUAUGCCUGUAUGUUGGCACAUGUGAAUGAAAACCGGUGAAAUUUUGUUGAGUGAC